AUGCUAACUUCAUUUCCAUGGCAGCCCUGGAUCCUCGGCCUCUGCGGAGUGGCAUUUGCUAUGGGCUUCUAUGGCCUCGGCCACCACGCUCAGUUUGUCGAUUCAAAGGAUCUAGCCAUCUUCCUUAGACUGUUGUAUGCAGUAUACUACGUCUACGAUAUCGGCCUCUUUUUCACCAAGCUCUCUGCCAUUCUGUUUCUCUCGCGCAUCUUUCCCUGGCACGCAAACUCCAAGUGGUUCAACUACACCAUUGUGGCUACCCACUGCCUCAACUGUGCAUGGUUGGUCGGAAUCAUUUUUGGUACCACAUUUAUGUGCAAUCCCGUGCAGAAGGGCUGGAAUCCCACAUUACCUGGGCACUGCGGUACCACCAGCGCCCUUUGGCUUGGAAGCGCAAUACCCAGCGUCAUCAUUGACCUCAUCAUCCUGCUGCUGCCCGUGCCAAAGAUCUGGUCCCUGCAAAUGACCACCACGCGCAAACUGGGCAUCAUUGGAGUCUUCGUUAUUGGUUACAGUGUCAUUGUCGUUUCCCUUGGCCGACUCACUACAGUUCUGCUGACUGGUAGUUCCUUGAACUCGGAUAUUACCUACACGGUUGUUCAUCUGGCCUACUGGGUUGGUGCCGAGGCGCCCAUCACUAUGCUGUGUAUUUGCCUGCCGCCCAUGACUACUCUGGGCCGGUAUCUAGCCAACAACUACUUUUCCAAGAUAUCCAGCAGAGUUCAGUCUCUGUUUAGCACCAUUAAGGGCAGCAGAGGCACUGUGGCAUCACGGAGUUACUCCGCACCGGAUUCGCAAUCCCAAAGUAUUGCGAUGCACAGGAGCUCCAUGAAAAAGAGCGUUGACAAUGACGGCCACAGCCUAGAGUCACAGGAGAGCUCUGCGCAUUUAUUCCCCCACGAAGACGCCAAUUACUAUGCUGGCGCUAGAGCCAAUGUUUCUUACCCUCGCUCGGGUACUCAUGGUACAAGCCCGCUUCCGAACUCUGGCGACACUGGCAUUCGUGUAGACAGCAUCGUGACUGUCACGCAACGUGUGAGGAAAUAA